GUGGACGUGUCAAAGUCUUUAUCAUAUCCUGGGUCAAACAAAGGAGCCGUCAGGGAUGGUUUGAAAACAAGGAGACGCAAUAGUCGCUUGUGAUUUGAGAGGCAAGAUGCUGCUACAGCUCCAGAGGAUACAGUUUGAGAAAAUCUGAAAAUGCUUCCUGAAGCCAUUUUUUUUUAGAUUCUGAGCUUAAAUUUGUUUUAAACUUGAUGUUAUUUUCCUGAGAGCUCUCAUAGACAUGGGUAAUGGAAUAAACAAGGUCCUGCCGGGUCUUUUUCUCGGAAAUAUCAAAGAUGCACGAGAUAAAGAGCUGCUGGCAACGCACAACAUCACACACAUCCUGUCAAUCCACGACACUGCUGCACCCAUCCUGGAGGACAUGACGUACCUUUGUAUUUCUGCUGCUGACCAUUCUAAGCAAAACCUGAUUCAGUACUUCAGAGACAGCAUCAUGUUUAUCCACGAGUCCCGACUGAAAGGAGAGGGCUGCCUGGUUCACUGCGUGGCAGGAGUGUCCCGCAGCGUCACUCUGGUGGUGGCCUACAUCAUGACGGUGACGAGCCGCGGCUGGGUGGAGUCUCUGGCGGCGGUGAGGGCAGCCAGGCCGUGUGCAGGACCCAACCUGGGCUUCCUGAGGCAGCUUGAAGAGUUUGAAAACACAGAACUAACUGAAUAUCGAGCCUGGUGGACGGAGCGGUAUGGGAAGAACUCAUUCAAUGAUGAUGAGGAAAUUGGAACUCUUUUAGCUCGAAAAUCCAAUGGCAGCAGCAGCAGCAGCAGUAGCAGCAGCGACAGCGUCAUGUCAUCCAGCAUCACUUCUGCAUUGACCACAAGUGGAACCUGAAGAAAACGUCUUUUGUCAGUCUGAUCUUAACUCAACGUGAGCAGCUAAGGACUGUAGGCAUCUGCUUGGACCAUUAAAUGCACAAAGGCCAAUUUAGCUAUAUAAAAAAUGUCAUUUCAUUACUGACCCUGGACAGAAAAACUGCUUCAGGAACACCUGUCUCAUAAAAAAAAUUCUGUAUCGAUAUGAUAGGUUGACGCUCAUGUUUGAAGAACAGACUAAGCAGCCAUGUGAUGGGGGGAUUUUGUGUCAGUGUUGUCAGUUCCCUUCGUCAUGUCAUGUCCUUGCCUCUAACUGUCAAAACAACAUGCAAGGGCAGUCAAGCACAACACCAGGGAAAUAUGUACAUACAGUCCACAGUGUGAACACACAUUUAGUAGUGUUCACUCCCUGUCAGUUAUGUUAUGCUGUGUCUUGUACUUGAAAUAUGAAUAUUACUUUCUAUAGACUGUGUGGAGGCUGAGGAAUGUUCUUUUUCCUAGUAAAAUAAUAUGAGAAGACAUGUUUUUUUCUUACUUAUUGCAUUUCUAAAUUCAAGUGUUGCUUUGAUUUUGUUUGUAUUAUUUAAAAAGUGUGCACAGUCUCUUGGAAUGUAAUUCUAACACUGGUUGUCAUGUUAAUAGUCUCUGCCUACAUGAUUAAAAUAGUCAUUUUCACAUGUGAA